GACACCUGCCUGGAGAAACUGCUGGACUGGUUCCGCAGCCUGACGUGGUUCGACCCCACUGUGGAGCUGGUGCAGGACAACCCGUGUCUGACAGAGCUCCUCAGCUCCGUGCUGGCCCUGCCCGAUGCCAGCCCCGGCAUCCUGUCCUUCACCCUGCAGCUGGCCGGGAUCCUCGCCUCGUCCGAAAGCCGCUUCCAGCACCUGCAGCAGGAGAAGCUGCUGGGGAGGCUCUUUGGCCCGGAGGGGCCGCGGGGCGGCGCGAUGCUGCACCACCUGCCUGCCCUGCAGUGCCUCUGCUCCACGGGAGGCAUGGAUGUGAUCUUCACUCUGCAAGGGGAUCCCAGCCUGUUUGUGGCUUCAGCUGCCAGCCAGCUCCUGGUGCACUUGCUCACCUUCUCCCUGGAGUCUGAAACAUCCAAAGCUCUCAGUGCCAGGGACUGUGACUGGCCAGGCUGUGCCCAGAUGAUUGUAGAGCACAUCAAAGAGUCCCUUCAGUCCAGCUCUGCCCCUCACGUUGAGCAGUCCCUGAAGCUGCUGAGCAGUUUGUUUGGCAGUUGUUUUGGCAGUUGCUAUGCUGCAUGGACUGAAGUCCUUUGGUUGGACAUAGCAAAGCAAAUAGAAUCCUUUCUGCUGGAGGAGACUGUUCAAGCCCAGCCCCUGCUGGCCAAUCUUCUGCUGAACGUGGCACGAUCCCCUGCAUUUUGUGGCACUGAAGGCAGCUUUUGGGCAUUGGUAACUUCUGCUCUGGAACACUUAACCCCAGUACAAGCAGGUCCUCUGGCAGUGGGACUUCUGAAGCUCUGCAAAUGCCCACAAGAUGUCAGGAUUCAGGCACUGACUGUUCUUCUUCAGCCAAUGGACUGUAUUUUGAGAGCAGCCUCCCAGCCUCUGGAAUGUGCAGGUUUGCUGGAUGAGUCUGUCAGUGAUCCUGCCACUGUUGAAAGUCUUCUGUCCUCCAAAACAUCCUGUGCUGGUCUCCUGUGUCAGACCCUCACCCACCUGGAGAAGCUGCUGUCUCUGAAACAUUUAAGAGUGGAUUUACCCUGUGUGUCUUUGCUGCACUCUCUCAUGACAAUAUUACAAUUCUGCAAUGGCUUCCUGAGCCCAACUUCUCCUCUGGGAAGCACAAUCAGCCGGAAUCUGAUCAACUGCUUCAGAGUGCAAAAGUCAGCCCUUGAUGUCCUUGCAGCACUCUCAGAGAAAAAAGAGUGUGACACCCUCAUAGGAAAUCUAUUUGAUGUCCUUCUGGCAUAUCUGCAGAGUCCAAACACCAGCCCUACUGUUCUAAAGAAAACCUUUCAAGCUACAUCCAAGUGGUUGGUGCACUUGCAGGAACUGUCCUCCUCCAACAGCCAGGGGCCACAAACUGAGAAGAUUUUGGAAGAUGUGCUGGUGGUGCUGCAGAAACGUUUGUGCAGUCCUUGCUGGGAAGUCAGAGAUUCUUCCCUGGAGUUCCUCACUUCCAUGGUUAAGUGCUUGAGAGACCAGAAGGAGUUCAGGCAGUGUCUCCUGUCCUCUGAGGUGCUGAGGCUGACAGAAAACCUGCUGGAGGACCCAGAGAGCUACGUGCGAGCGAGCGCCGUGACUGCCGUGGGACACCUGGCCCCCAUUGCUUGCUUUGCUCCAGACUCACCUGUCACAGGCAGUCAGUAUAACAGAGAGAGCAUCCUAGCAAAGCUUCAGGAAAUCUUGUCAACAGACUCAGAGGGCUUUCCUAGGAGGGCUGUGAUCAGCAUCUUCACCAAGUGGCUGAGGGAAGGCUGCACAGGUCAGCUGGAAGAUACAGAGCUCUUUGUCUCUAGAGUCAUCCAGACUGUGGAGCGUGACUUAGACUGGGAAGUCAGACUCGGUGGUUUGGAGCUGGUGGAAGUUUUCUGUAGCCAGACCAUUUGCCAGCUCUCCCAGUGUCCCUAUGCUCCUGUCACCUCUGCAGUCCCCAGUUCCACCCCUCAGAAGGAGCUGCUGCAGGUGUUCUGUCGAGCAAAGCUGUUUGGGUUUUUGUUUGGCUCUUUGUGUGACUGUGACAAACCCGUGGGGCAGAGAGCCUGUGAUGUGCUGGUUGGCCUGAGAGGCCAUUUCUACCCCAUGAGUACUUUGGAGAAUCCACAGGAGAUUGAAGAUUCACCUGCAGGACGUGGCAUUGCCUGGCUACAGAGGACACUGAGACAGGGUUCUCUGGCUCAGAACUUCCCCGUGGAUGGUGAUGUUGGGGUGGAUUUCCAAGAUCCUGAGAGCAUGAUGUUAGCUUUGGGUGCAAUAGACUUGCUGGAGCUGCAUGAUGAGCUAAAUAAAAGUAGUGACCAUGUGGAGGAAAGCCCUCAGUCCCUCUUACAGGACAUCCUUGCUGCUGUGGGGACCAUAGAGGAUAAUGAAGUUGACUGUUACUGAACAGAGCUUUGGCUCUGAAGGAGCAGUGCUCAAGCAGUUUUCUUCUGGAGGAGAAGGAUGGUUUUGUUAUCUGUUAAAUAGGAUGGAAAAUCUUUGCUUUAAUACUGAUGAAUAUUUUUUUGUUAAGUGUCAUUUCUAAUAAACUGUUGUUUCUUUUUCAAAGUAAAAACAUUAAGAAUGGUAUUUGUUCUUUUUUUUAAGUUGUCGUUUAGGAAAGCACCAGACCAUGCCUACAUAAGGAAGCAUUUAAAAAAACCAAAAGAGUGACUGAAAACAAACUGUUGCAGGCUCCUUUUAGAGCCAGAGUAGCUACAACUGAUGGAGACUGGUUUAAGGGACACUUGUUUUGACCUUUCAGUAUUUAUUCUAUAAACAGAGCUCUCAGCUUCCCUUGUGCAUUUUGAGGUCUAGAGCAAAAAGUGGCAUUUAAGGAGUCAGAAGCUGAUCAUCCUUGGCAUUACAAAUUUUCUCUUGUAGAUCACAGACUUGUUUGAUCUCAGCAGUGACACCAACAAGCUGACUUUGAUUUUAAUUGAAGCCAGAAGCAAGUCCAUUUUGCUGAUUCUUUUUUCAGAUGCUCCUAUUUUUCAUUCCUAAAGUACUCAGUUUCCAACUUUUUGAGAGAAACUUACCCUUAAAGAUUUUUCAAGAUAAAUUCAAUCUGUUAUUAGCUUUGGUAACAACUAGAAACCAGCAGACAUAGUGUGAAUGGCAACAUUAUUUUCUGAGAAAAAAAUGCCAGUUUUUUAAAAACUUGGGGAAGACUGCAGUUGGCAACUUGCCCCAGUAUCUUGCCAUGUACUAAGAAGCUCUCAACCUAGAAGAACCCAAA